AUGAAACUUAUCACAGCUAUCCCAGCCUUUCUGCUCGCGGCCCUGACCCCAUCCGUAGCUGGGCAGGAUCUUCUAGGAUUUGUUGGUAUAACUGACAGCAAUGGUGCAACAAUAUCAUGGCCGGCUUCCAGCACCUGCUUUGAUUAUCCUGGAGGUCGCCUCAUCCAUCAGUGUUCUCCCACUGGCCAACACGCCCCCAACCCCAAUCCGUUGUACUUUCUUCUCGACUGCGAGCUGCGGCGGCGAUCAAAUCACCUUGAACACGGGCCCCCAUACUUUCACGCGGCGGUUGGUAGUAGGGAGCUGGAGCUGUGA